UUGCAUUGGAGUGCUCUAUUUGUACUCUUGUUUUUGUCUUCUCAUGGCCAAGACGCAGUUUUUCUCUCUUCACUGGUACCCAUUCAACCCCCAACUGCUCAUUCUAAGCAUAAAAGAAGCGGCAGACGAUUAAAGAGCAGAAAGGAAACUGAGGUGGACAAACAAAAUGGUGGAUCGUCUUCUAGGGAUUCUAAAGGUGCGGGUUUUGAGAGGUGUAGACCUCGCCGUGCGCGACUUUCUCCAAAGCAGCGAUCCCUACGUUAUUCUUCGCAUGGGGAAGCAGAAGCUAAAGACUCGAGUAAUAUCGAGAAGUGUGAAUCCAGAAUGGAAUGAAGAAUUGACACUUACUGUAGAAAAUCCCUCUCUUCCAAUCAAGUUGGAAGUGUAUGACAAGGACACAUUCAGCUUCGACGAUCCGAUGGGCAAGGCGGAGUUCGACAUACGAACACUUUUUGAAGUAGUUAAAAUGAACUUGGAAGGCCUCCCUGAUGGCUGUGUCAUAACUAAAUUGAUGCCGAACAGACAAAACUGUCUAGCUGAGGAGAGUGUUAUCCGCUUGGAGAAUGGGAGUGUUUUACAGGACAUGUUUCUGAGGCUCAGGAAGGUGGAGUGCGGCGAAAUUGAGCUGCAGUUGAAGUGGAUGAACAUUCCAAAUGGAAGAUCUGCGAGUCUUCAGGAUUAUCUAUGAUUUGCAAAGUAGAGUUCAGAUUUACAAUGAAUCCUUACAUGUCUUCUCUUGAGGUUAGCCUGCAACUGAUAUUCAAUACGAAUGUUUAUAGGAAAUAAAAUUUUGUAAUUUUGGUUUAUGAUUAGUACAAACAUUUUACUUGUUAGAACUGUGUAAGAAAAUAGUUUGGAUCUGGCACUUCACAUCAGAUCACAGGCAACAUUUCAAAUUUUGAUGUAUGGGCAGUUCCUGAGAAGGUUUUUCUGUGUA